GUUUCCCAUUCAAAUCCAUGUUGAAUCCGUGAUGAUACGGUACUGCCAGUGCACAACACAUUGACGUAUGAAUCAAUAGAUCUCCACCGUCCACGUAAUAAUGAUUAACAGCUCAGAAUCAGGUUUGAUUCCCUCUAAUCAAAUGACGCCGUAGGUAGCUUCUAUUCAACUGCUACUACUUAACUCGAAAACGAACAAUCAUUUAGUGGUAACUAUCGCCGAUUAAAGGAAUAUCAAAACUCUCUUACACACUCUCGAUCCAUCAUUCUCCCUAAAUCAGAGAAACUGAAUUGCCUUCGGUUUACAUGGGAGAGAGGAUGGAUAAGUCUAACUCGAGCAUGAACCCUAAUUCUAAACAAAGUAGUGCUAUCAAUGGUAAAAAAACGUACAACAAACAGCUGGUUGCAUCGCGUCCUAAAGGCUUUGCGCAAAGAUAUUGUGAACCCCUUGUUUCAUUGACGCAUGGUGACUUUGGAAGCAGUGCUGUGGGACGUGCCACAUUGUUUUUACUUAAAGUUGCUGCUUUAGAGACUGUACGGAGGUUUUCCAACAGUAAAUGCCCGUGUUUGUGGCGAGGCCUGCAGGGUCUACAAAUCCUUGUAUACCCACCAUUUAAAUGGAUUCAGAGGUGGGCUCCCUUCACGGGUUUGGUCAAAAGCAUGCAGGUACUAUCAAGACCAUUAUUAGUCCUUUCCAUUGCAACAGUCUUUACUGAUCCACCACAAUGUAGUGAUGGAACCUCAGAUUGUAUUAUUGAUUCUCCUGAUUCAGAAAUAUCUGCAGAACCAUCUCCUGUGCAAGAUAAUUUGAAUACUAGUCAACCUGAGGGAGCUCCUAAAGUCUUAGAAUAUGAAAAAUGGUUGACUCAACUCAAUCAAGAGCUUGAAAAUCAAGGGAUUAGUUUGCCAGAAAGAAUCAAUGAUGAUGAGCUCGACAGAUUUUAUGCCGCUUCUAAUAAUGACUUUUCAUGCUUCCUUACCUCAAUCAAGAAGACGAUACGCUGGCGGGAGUGUUACAAAAUUCUUUCAGAAGAAGAGCUGGAAAUGUGGUCAAAUAUGGUGUUCUGGCAUGGAUCUGAUUUGUUGCAAAGACCUUGUCUCAUUGUAAGGCUUGGGAUAGCUUGCAGCUCCUUAGCAUUCCAAGAUAGACCUCGAUUUGCUCAGGCAAUUAUAUCACAGGUAGACUUUGGAGUCUUGCACUUAGUUGAUAGAGACAACCCUCAAAUUACAGUAUUGGUAGACUGUGAAGGGUUAUCUCCAUUGAGAGUUCCCAUGCAAAUACUGAGGUCUUGUUCUUCCCUUCUGCAAGAUCACUUUCCUAAUCGUCUUGGUUGUUUGUAUGUCAUUCGACUUCCAGCAAUUGCCCGUGUUAUUGCCCAGACUUUUAUUCAGGUUUUAAAGCCAGCUACUAAGAAAAAGUUGAAAAUAGAAGGAGAGAUGUACAAGAAGGUUCUUUAUGACGAUCUAUCCACACUACCAUCAUAUCUUGGAGGCAGCUGCACAUGCGUCAAGUGUUCUAAAAUGGGCAAGCACAAUAUGAUACAACCUCAUGAAACUGGGACCAGCAGUAGCAGGAUUGAUAGGGAGGAUGAUAUCAGUGACUACAGUGAUACGCCAUCGCUGCAUCAAUCUAUUGAAUUAGAUGGUCGCCAACACAGCAACUAUGAUCAGAUGUUGAGAACUGCUGUCAUAAGUAUUCUGGUAGUUUGGGUUGUCGUAGCUCUUGGUGCUGGAAUAUAUGAACCUAGUUUAUAAGAUUGGCCAAAUUAGUUUUAUUUCCGUAGAUGAAUAAAUCUGUAGAGAAUGCCUCUAGUAUGAUUUGUCUGUGAAUUAGGAGACGGCACUGUUUCAAAUUCUACAGAUAAAAAAACUCCAGUUUUGGCUUGCACAGCUGCAAUAAAUAAGCGUUCGGUUAUGGGUUUUAUAACA